CAACUAAAUAAAUUUUAUUUUUUUUCUUAGCAGAAAGUUUUCAAGAUGGUGAGCCUGAACACGAUUGCGGUGGCUGCGGUGCUUCAACUUCUGGGCAUAUCCUUUUUCGUGCCCCAGCCGAAGGAUCAGUGCUCGCCAGCUCCAGCCGUUGGAAGCUACCUCUUUCUGGUGGCCACUCUUGUGCUUUUCUGGGACUCUGACAUGAUACCCAAGAAGUUGCAUAUAUAUUCACCAUGGAUUUUGGCUGGAGGUGAUCUUUUCUUCACCAUCUUAUUCACUGAACUUUUUGUACUUCUUGGCUGGUGCGGAUUCGAAAGGAUAACUUAUGUUACUGUGCAGAUUGUUUGUAAAGGAAAUAUGUGGUGCGAGUACGGAUUGAUGACAUUCUGCACCAUUUUAGGAGCCUUUGCAUCACUAACUCUUGUGGUUGGAAUGGUUUGCCAAUCCCAGAUGAAGGAUUCGGUGGCUGAGAUCAUAGCUGGCCUGCCCGUUCCCAAGGGCUGUGGACCAGUUUACGAUUUCUUUCUGGAUAUGCACACCUAUGUGAUUGGAUGCCUUUACUUUUGCCAACUGAGUCGGAAGGACCGUUUACUAUCGAUUCGUGCCUUUGAGAUGCAAGUGCUGCGCAGCAAAGUGCAGCAGAGGCAGCAAAGGAAGCAGGCGGGUGAACCUGCUGGCCAAGAGGAUUCGGAAAAGUAGGCGGAUGGGGAAAAAAUGGACAACGAGAUUCAGCCGCCAGAACCGGAGAUCGUCCCGGAGUUGUCCCCGUGAAUUGUUUAUUAUUUAUACAAAUUUAUGCCAACAGCUGUUGC